AUGGGCCAUGGUGCCUCUGCGACGUCUGGCCUUGGGCAUCAUUUGCAUAUCAGCACAGGCCACCUGCCUGUUUCUGCAAAUCGAUAAGCUGCACGUGCACUCUUUUGUGCCCGACGAGAUCUAUGUAAGCACCAGCGUCGAUCACCUGGAGGCCAUCAACUUCAAUCUGACCAUAAAAGUGCCCUUUGCCGGCAAACUGCUGAUGCAUAUCUUCCUGAGAAAGCUCUCCGACACGCCUGGGGGCUCGGACUUCAGCGAUCUGAUGCGCUUGAAGAAUAUGGACCUGUGCAAGGUACUCGACUCGCUGCGGAAUAUCUCAACGGAUCAUGGCCAAGGGGAGAGUCUGCUGCCGUCCACCUUCUUCAUAUCCUGUCCGCUCGUUCCCGGAUUCUACUACGUGGCGAACAGUGCCAUUGAUGUGAAGUUCGUUCCCUUUCGCGUGCCCGAUGGCAGAUAUCUGGCAAUGCUGGAACUGGUGCAGGUUUACGAGGAGGUCAUCAAAUUGGUUACCUGCAGAAUCAAGUUUAGCAUGACAACCCCGCCGGGCUAUGUAGUGAAAUCAGAUCUGAAUAACAGUGUGGAGGAGCCCCAGCAGGUAGAGCCUCCGAAAGAAGAGCCUCCGAAGGAAGAGCCUCGGAAGGAAGAGCCUCCGAAGGAAGAGCCUCCAAAGGAAGAGCCUCCGAAGGAAGAGCCUCCGCAGGAAGAGCCUCCGAAGGACGAUCCUCCGAUGGAAGAGCCUCCAAAGGAAGUGCCUCCGAAGGAAGAGCCUCCGAAGGAAAAGCCUCCGAAGGAAGAGCCUCCGAAGGAAGAGCCUCCGAAGGAAGAGCCUCCGAAGGAAGAGCCUCCGAAGGAAGAGCCUCGGAAGGAAGAGCCUCCGAAGGAAGAGCUUCCGCAGGAAGAGCCUCCGAUGGAAGAGCCUCCGAUGGAAGAGCCUCCGAUGGAGGAGUCCGAAGAUGUUUCCGAUAGUAUGGAUGACAAUGAAUAA